AUGGACUGGUCUAAGACAGUCUUUCGUCUGCGCGCAUUGCCAGACACUGUGGAAACCAAAGACGAUGCCGCUCGUCUACUUAGCGAGCGGCUCAGCGAUGUCUCUGCGCGCCAAAUUUGGGUGUAUUCCCUAGCGCUGGCCCUGAGACCCCAGGACAACUGGGAAGGGCCUCCCACUAAAGUAGCAACUGUUAUGUUCAGUGUCCCCCCUUUACUUGUCCAACGCGAUCCACAAAAGCAGGUGUGGUAUAUCCCCGCCAAAGGCCAUGACCGUGAUAGCCCAGAUCUCAUCCUAGACACUCAGUUCCUAGGUCUGACACCUUUGAAUGAUACAAAUCACUUGCAAAACUCGUACGAUUGCAUCGCCAUCUCGGGUCUGGCGAGUCACCCUUUCGGAUCCUGGCAGCCAAAAGGAAGUGACAAGCGCUUCAUGUGGAUUCGUGAUGAUCUGGCCAGAUAUGCGCGAGGAACUCGGGCCAUACUUUACGGUUAUGACACCGAACUUGACAGAAGCAGCUCCUUUCAAACUAUCUACGACCUUGCCAAGCAGCUAAUCGAACAAUUGCAUGCCUACCGGGGCCCGGGGUCUGUAACGCCGCUGGCUUUUCUAGCCCAUAGUCUGGGAGGACUGGUUGUUAAGCAGGCUUUGCGGGAUCUGGCCAACAAUUACCCUGGCCGUGAAUAUCAGAAUCUUCUGGCUGCUGUGCGCGGAGGAGUCUUCUUCGGCGUUCCGAACAUGGGUAUAGAGCAGGGGGGAUUCUACUCCAUUGUCCACAAUAAUGCAAACGAAUUCCUAAUCCGGGAUCUGUCUGGGAGGACAAAUUUCUACCGCGAACUCACAAAAGCAUUCGCCGGCAUCCCCUUCAAUGAACAUUGCACGUUCUUUUGGGCAUACGAAACGAAAGAGUCGCCCACGAAAAAAGGAGAUGGCCAACUAGCUCGAGACGGAUCCACAGCCAUUCUAGUGAGUCCGGAGUCUGCAACAUGCGGGUUUGUCAACAUCAAUCCUGCGGUAACCUUUCCGAUCAACGCCUCCCACUCCGAUAUGGUGAAGUUUAACCAAGAUUCUCACUACUAUUCAAUUGUGCGCGCAAAAUUGUCGCAGAUUUUACGGCCCACCCCUCAGCCGCAAGAUGACAUAGACGCUGAUGGACAGAGUUGCAAUGUGUUGCACACAGUUUCUGAUGAUGUGAUUAGGCCUUUCCAGCAGAUUGAUUCAACGAGCACAACGACUUCAUUAGCUGGCAGCCUUCCGCUGCUGCAGCCACCACGCAGCAUAUUUGGUAAGCGCAAUCUCGAAUUAUCCAGAGACAUGAAGUACAUGGCACGACUAGAACCGUUCCUGGUAUCGAUGGAACAGUUUGGCCAGCUGACGGAAGACAUCCUGUUAUUCUCCAGUAGCUCUAAUAGCAUGGCGUACGUAUGGGCCACCUGUGGCUACUCAAAGGAGUUCGACUCUAUCUUGAAUGCCUACCAGUCGAUCGGAGACCAGAUGCCUCGAAUCGGCCAACAUCAUGCUCUUUUUGUCGAAUGUCCUCACCUGAGGGAUGUACUAGUAAUGAUCUACAAGGAUGCUAAUCUAACUCUAGAAUUGAACCAGCUGUUCCACGCCUGGAUGAGAGACUUUACUACCAAUAUUGACGAGAUUUCGGAGAGAACUGCGCGGAACAAACGGCUGAUCGAGAACAGGGUCUCUCUUGUGGAAUUCGAAGCUAUCAGAAAAGAUGAUUCAAUAUCCGCACGUGCACUUGAACGUGAGAAGGAGGCUAUGGUGAAGGUUCACAGAGAUACAGUUGAGCAUUGGCUCUCUGCAUUCGACAUCAAAGCAGAACACCGCAUUCAUCAAGAGAAGAGAAGAGUUUGCCAGGACCCUGGACGCUGGCUACUCAGUAGUCCCGGGUUCAAGACAUGGUCAAGCCCUGAUGAUUGGUUGAACCCACUGCUCUGGCUCAGUGGAAUCCCAGGAGCAGGCAUACUUCCUGGCGCAAUCGUCGCGUAUUUUUAUUGCAAGCAUGGCGAUGAGAAACGUAAUACCGUUGAAAGUGUGACAAGGUCGAUCUUGGCACAAGUCCUUGAACAAAAUGCUGAAUUACUGCCAUACUUCCAUGAAAAAGCUCACAUGAACGCGUCAUUAACAUCACCCGCAUUCUCUGAGCAGAUGUUGUGCACUUCUCUUAGAAGUUGUGAGAGGGUCUAUAUCGUUCUUGAUGGUUUAGAUGAAUGUGGGCGCGCUGCUAGGAAGAAUAUCGUCAGCCGUUUUCGCCAAAUGACUGAUGCUGCAAUAGAUGUGGGCUCCAUCAGGUGUCUCUUCGUCAGCCAGGAAGACGGGGCGGCUGCAGAAGAUUUCCAUGGCAUCGAAUGCAUCAAGAUCGAAAAACGUAAUUUUGAUGAUAUCUCGGCUUUUGCCGGCGUGUGGCAGCAAACUCUAGUUACCAAGUUCGGACGAAACAAUAGGGUCUUGGAUAUCCAAGAUAUCAUAUCAAAGCGGGCUAAGGGAAUGUUUAUUUUCGCCGAGCUGUUCGCGAAAUACCUCGCGGAGCGGCUGAGUCUCGAAGACCUCGAAGACCAGCUUCGUCCUGAUAAUCUUCCGGUGGAGUUGGAUGAUCUCUAUGAGCGGAUUCUUGGUCGUAUCCACGAAGUGAGAGACGUUGAAACUAUGAGGCAUAUUAAGGAAAUGCUAGGAUGGAUUGUCUGUGCCCGUAGGCCACUACGAUGGGAAGAGAUACAGACCACAGUCUGUAUCAGUCCGAAAGUGGGAAACUUUGAUAUUCGCAGACGACUAGUCGAUUCGCCAAGGGACCUGUUUGCCUCCCUUGUGGAGUGCCAUCCUGAUGGCACUGUCGAUCUUGUCCAUGGGACUGCGCGGCAAAAAGAGCCGGUGGUAAGGGUCCACCAGGCGCAAUUUUCGCUAGCGAUGCGCUGUCUCACGUACCUCUCGUUCCAUCAAUUCAACCUUGAUCGGGAUGAGCAUGAUAUCAAGUCGGAUAUGCUUAGCGGGUUCCAUCACCUGUAUGACUAUGCGUCUGCUUGCUGGGCUAUGCACCUGGAAGGGGGGAUUCUGGGUCUUGAAAAGGACGACCUCAUUCGUCUACGCGAGGCUUUAAGGAGAUUAGUUGAAAAGCACUGGUCCGAGUCACACAAGCCCAUUCAACAUGUCGAAAGAGUGCGCACAGCCUUAUCACCUUUCGCGGAACUUGAAAGCACGGAACCAACGGAUUACAACCGACUAGUUCAAGCGGUCGCCUGGGCCAGGAAGCAGUCUGGCCAGUCCGGGAUAGGCCCCAGCAACGAGGAGGCGCUCACCUUGUGGAGGGUAACAGCCAAGAUCAGGUCUGUGUUGGAAAAUAUUGAUACGAAAGGUGACGACUAUGCGAUAAUCAAGCGCCUCUACGGCGUGAACCGCUUCAAAUGCCCUCGGGUCAAUUGUUACUACUAUCAUUACGGCUUCCGUUCUCUUGACCAGCGGAACCGACAUACCAAAAAGCACACGCGACCAUACCUCUGUGUUGUCACGGGCUGUCCGAUGGAGGUCUUUGGCUACGCGCAGGAAAAAGAAUUGCAAAAGCACUUAUUCGAUGUGCAUCACAUCAACGAUACCAGCGAUGGAGACGAGCCAGACUUUCCUAACCCUCAUAAAGAGAAGGCAUCCAAGUCCGGAGGAGGUGAGGGAAGAUAUAGGUGUCCCGACUGUGACAAGACUUUUACCCAAAAAAAGAGUCUAAAUCGACAUCAGAGAAGCCACGCUAGUGAGAAGUCAUUCUCUUGUACCAAGUGCAGCAAAGCCUUCACGCGAAAAGAGGACUGCGAGCGCCAUCAGGAUGUACAUAGUAACACCAAGGAAAAGUACGUCUGCGCCGGAACUCUCAAGGACGGGACGAAGUGGGGGUGCAAUAGAUCCUUCACCAGAAAGGACAAACUCAGGGAUCAUUUCCGGCCAGAGAAGAAACUCAAGUGCAUAUUGCCUUGGCUGCGGGAGAAACAAGCAGCUGGUGGUGUCGAUGGAAAUUAUCUGGAUGGCAACGUGUUUGCUGAUCAGAAGGGGGCCAACGCCGAGGUUAGGUCAGACUCGGUUAUUGAUGCUGUUGCAUCUCGCUACGCUAAGACCAUAGCAUGA